CACAAGUGAGAGACGGAAACGGAGGGGGGAAACGGGGCCAGAGGAGGAGAUGGGUACGGAAACGGUGAGGGAAACGUCGUUAAGCAGCCGAGGGAGCCUCUCGGAUCUGGUAGUGGGGUUCUUCGAGGAGAUCGAGGGAAACGCGAAUCCCGAGAGCGACGGCGAGGGCGAAGGAGAAGGGUCGAUCGGAAACGACGCCGAGCGCAAAGCGUUCUGGGAAACGCAGCGCCAACUCCUCCAUGAAGCUUUGAGUAAAACGAGCUCGGCGGAGAAGCGGAUCCGCGCGGCGACGGAGGAUAUCGUGAGGACGAUGCGAUCGGAGGAUCUGAUCUGUUCGUGCUCGAAUCGGACGGUCAGGGAUUGCCGGAGCUGCUCGUUGCGCCACGUGGCGGACCGGCUGCGGUGCGCCGGGUUUAACAGCGCCCUCUGCCAAUCCAAGUGGCGCCGAUCCCCAGAUAUCCUAUCAGGCGAACACAGCUACGUGGACGUAGUGGCGGAGUCGAAGAAGGGCCCCGCCGCGGUGCGAGUCGUGAUCGAGCUCAACUUCCGGGCGGAGUUCGAGAUGGCGCGGGCGAGCGGGGAGUACAGCGGGCUCGUCGCGAGCCUGCCGGAGGUGUUCGUCGGGAAGGCGGAGCGGCUGAAGAGCGCGGUGAAGGUAAUGUGCGCGGCGGCGAAGAAGUGCAUGAAGGACAACAAGAUGCACAUGGCCCCGUGGCGGAAGCUCAAGUACAUGCAGGCCAAGUGGCUCACCGCACCGCAGCGGGCGGCCCCUGGCUUCGCCCCCGCGGCGACGACGGAGCCCGCAGGGACCGCCGAGAGGCGGCGGAAGAUGAGGGCCUCGCUGUUGACGUUUGAUUUGCAUCCGACGGCCGUGGAGGUUGUGUAACUCGACGUGCCAUGAGCUGAGCACUUGUACUGCAGUUGUAAUUGUUCUGUUGUUUCGUGCACUUUGUAGUAAAAAUCUAUAUACGGUGGAUGCUAAAAUUAGAAACUUUUA